CAUCGAAUCCGGACCGCUCGACCGGAACAUUCCGCAUCCUCAGCGCCACGCUCCGUAGCAGGUCAGCCUGAGCUAAGGGAGUAUGGAAAUGUCAGAGAGCAAGGCGGAUGCGGGCCUAGCGCACGACGCUCAGUCCGAGUCGGCUGCACCGUCCGAUGACAACAGCAUCAAGUACUCCCCUGCCAAAAGGCCACCUCCGAUCAGUAUGGAAUCGCCAGCCGUAUCGCCCCUCUUGCAUCGCCAGAGCAGCAAAGACGCAUCCGGCGCAUUUGCAGAGGAACCUUCAAAGCUGGUAGUCCCAUCCACCUCCACACCAACUCGCUCCGGCAGUCGUCCGCGAUCUGCAACGUGGCGCAAGAUCAUGCCUGGUAUCGGGACUCUUGGCAGAUCGCAGAGUGUCGCGGAACAUCAUGGAGAUCCGGAAUCGUCACUGCGCGGUCCUCAUCCUCCCAGCUCGCUACGAGGCGUCGGGAACAGACAAAUCCGAACCAGCGUGCAGAGCGCCUUUGAGCUCGGUAGCUCUUCCAGCCCAGCGGGAAAGUCAGCUAUCGAAGAAGGAAGUGCAGAUUCGAGAGAUAGGAAGGACGCGCUCGGGACGCGGAAGACGUCGAUGAGUGUAAGCCAAGAGACUUUAAGCGAGUCGGUCUCACAAGCGGAUGGGAAGGCGGUACCUAGAACCGGAAGCACCGCGCAGAAUUUUGUGCGCCGCGUGGGCAGUCGGUCUUUCUUUUUCAAGGGAUCCUCUGGUGGUAACCAAGCAGCAGCUGCUAGUACCGACUCGCUCGCAACCUCUGCCGACUCGAGUACAAGCGUCUCGAAGAGGGCAAGCGACAUGCUCAGCAGAACCACUUCCAUGCCCAGCUGGGCUCGACGAAGGUCUAAAACCUCGCUGACCAGUGCUUCAGGUCCUAGGAGUCCCAGCUUGAGGAGUCCAGACGGCCGGACCAGUAUCGACACGCAGGCCUCUGCUUCAGUCUCUUCUCUGCUGGACUUUGGUCGGGCGGUCGGAGAACGCGGCGUGGACAACAGCGUUGCAGACACCGAGGCCAACCCCAACCAGGUUUGUGCUUCGUCAUCUGGCACCUCCGCGCUGGCAAGACCUUCGCUGGCCGAUGACGGGCUGCAAGCAGCCCAAGGUGAGGCCUUUCCUAGAAGACUCAGUGGGUGGCUCUUGAACAUGCUCGGCACCGAAGAGCAGGUGGCGGAGCGCGAUCAGGCUACACAGCCGCUGGCCUCGACCUCAGCUUCCUCUACUGCUCUCAAACGUCCGGCUUCUGAUCACAGUGAGCGAUCAGUCUCCCCAUCGCUUCAGCGCGCCAACAGCAGGUCCUCUGUGAACGGCACGGCGACGCGAAAGCAGAGCAUAUUGUCCAACCUGUCGAACACUGCGCGUCAGCGCGUCGGCAACCUCGAUCGCGCCAUGCGCUCUCUUCGAGAGGCAGAGAAUGACGCCUCGACCCGUGACAUCUGGUUGCUCGGGGUUCUGCACAGCUCUGUUGCUGGUCAGGAUACCAUUACGCCGGGUGAAAAGCUCGAGUCGCAGUCCCCUCACAAUCCACACAGACCCACCAGUCCUGCUCGAAGACCUACCAUUGAAGUGCACACCGCCUCGCCCCGCCAGGCUCGCGCCGAAAGGGCGAGUAGCCCCGCUGCAAGCAACACGGAACAUAGAACAGAAGCUGAGGCUGCAGCGCAUGAAGAAAAGCGGGGCCCUGGCGCGCCAAGCUCAGUCUCAAAGGAAUCCUUGCUUCUUACAGCUUCUCCAGAUAGCGCAGAUCGCGCUCCACUUACGCCUUCGCCGGUCGAAAGGCGACUCGCUGGCGGGGACGAGACGCUGAUCAUUCGUAAUCCCCCGACCCCGCACGCUUCACCGCAGCCUUCGUCUGCCCCUCGCGAGACCACGAAGCGGCGUGACAGUGCGGAUGAGAAGCCAGGCUUGCAUAGGAAGAUCUCUGUCGGCACAGCACUCAAUGGCAGCGCUCGUACGACGCCGCCCCCUGAUCUGGCUGCUUUUCACGACGAUUUGUCCAGUCGAGUCUGGUGCACAUAUCGAGCCAAUUUCUCUGCCAUCGCGCGGGACGGCAGCAUAUCAGCUCAAGCGGCAGACGCUGCGCGAGAGCUGGCUGCGACGCAAGCUGCAGAAGCCCUUUCCACAGCUCAAGCAGAGGAAGAAACAGCUCUCGAGUUGAAGGCUACGAGUAUGACUGCCAGCGUCUCUGUACCUCUGAGGUCGCAGCACCCAACUCACCUUCAAACUACAUCCUUAGUCACGGGCGUGGCGACGGUAAGCGCCGCUGAAGCUUCGCGAACGAGCCGCGGCUGGCUUGGUAGACGUCCGGCUGUCAGCAGUGCUGGUUACCCUUCCGAGCUUGCAUCCACAUCUCCGCCCGGUGCUUCACACGGACUAGGUGCUGCCUUAGGAUUGCCACGAGCGUCGAGCGCAAGCCCGAAUAGUGGUCAGCCUUUCCAAGUCGGUAGCGCUCCGGGACUCGGCGAACGCAUGGGCAUACCGAGCCUCUGGGGCCGCACCACAGCUGCUCUUUCCGGCGCUUUGGGUGUUCGGUCAGAUCUGACACGCGACUCAGGUUGGGGAUGCAUGUUGAGGACGGGCCAAAGUCUGCUUGCCAAUGCGCUUAUCAACGUCCAUCUGGGAAGGGACUGGAGACGCCGAACUCGACCGAGUAGCGCUGCAUUGGCCAAGUCACUCGCGGGCAUGGAAGCCAAAGAAGCGUGGCGUGUGAGUCGCGCAGAGUAUGCCACUUACGUGCGUUUGCUCUCGUGGUUCUUCGACGAUCCUAGUCCUGCAUGUCCAUUCUCUGUGCACCGCAUGGCGCGCGAGGGCAAACGGCUUGGGAAGGAGCCUGGCGAAUGGUUUGGCCCGAGCACCGCAGCGGGUGCUAUCAAAAAGCUCGUGGACGAAUUUCCUGAAGCUGGUCUCGGGGUUUGUCUGGCUGCCGAUGGUGUCGUGUACCUCAAUCGCGUUCAUAUUGCUGCUGCACUACCCGCGCCUAGAGAGCCUUCUGGCGAUGAGUGGCAGCGGCCGGUGCUCAUACUCGUGGGAAUCCGCCUUGGCCUCGAGGGCGUCAACUCGAUGUAUCACGACUCUAUCAAGGAUCUCUUCACGUUUCCACAGAGUGUCGGCAUCGCUGGUGGGAGACCAAGCUCGUCUUUCUAUUUUGUUGGCUUCCAAGGCUCGAGACUGUUCUAUCUCGACCCUCACAACCAGAGACCUGCAGUGCCGUUCCGCCACGCGCCUCCCUCCUAUCCGCCUAGCGCAGAUGGCGGGGAAGGCACGCAAGAAGCCGCGGACGAGUGGUGGGUCAACGCCUAUUCGGAGCAGGAGCUUGGCAGCUAUCACUACAGUGCACCGCCAAAGAAGAUGGCGAUGGAGUCACUCGACCCGUCGAUGCUUCUCGGCUUCCUCUGCUCUGACCAAUCAUCUCUCGAUGAUCUGGUCUCAAGAGUGCGGGCACUCUCGAAGCCCAUCUUUAGCGUACAGGAUGCACCUCCCCGUUGGAUGAUGGACGACUCGGACGUGCCUCGCAAUGGAGCUGCAACGGCCUCGAAUGACUUGUCCUAUGACGACGACCUUGCCUUGGAAAGCUUUAGCGAGGGCUCGAUUGAUGCGGAUGACGAUGCCCGCGACGGUGACUCUGCGGACGAAACCUUUUCUGGCUCGCAAUAUCGGGACCAGGCUAGCACGUCUGCGCGACCUAGAAGUCGUAACAGUCUUGCCCAUUCGAGAUCUCGCAGCGGGUCCGCCUCAUCUUCUAUCAAACAGCGCACUAGCAUGGCUCGUACUUCGGCUUCACAAUUAGUCGGCGAUCAUGCACCAACCAGCUGGAGGGGUGAUCCAUUGUCGCACCGGUCAUCCCGUAGCUCGCUCGACAGCUCAUCAGCUGGCGACCGGGCUGGGUCUAGCGCAGAGGUCAGCAUCGCCUUUCCAAGCAGCGAUGAUGCUUCCAGCAUCUCUCCCAGCGUGGAAGCGAUCCAGACAUCAUCGCGUGCUGCCAAUCCGAGAUCGCACCGUUCACGUGUCGAUACUGGAGCAACGGCGGCUGCUAGUCCCAUUACUCGCCACAACAACAUGAGACAUCAGCCAUCGUCUCGCUCGUCGCCUGCGCCAGAUGUGUCGGCCAGCUUUUCGUCUGUCGAUACUGCUACCAGCAGCUCGGCGCAGGUUGCUCUUAGCCACGUAUCUACUCGCCCUCGCUCUCGACGCGGUGAUGCCGUGAAGCGCCGUUCUUCGCAAGACGAGUUCACGACUAGUGAGGAGGAUGACGCCAAUUCGACAUGGGAGGAAGUCCCUUCUGUCAAGGGUAACGCUUCUGCUGCGAUCAACGGCAGCGCAAGAGGCUCAGGCAUGCAGAAUAGGCAGGAAGGACAAGAAAAGACACCUAGAUUCGACGACUCGGACGAUGACUUUUGAGCGAUGCCGUUGUUCGCACCUGCUGCACGGCUCGCUCUGCGAAUCUGCCUCCCACGUGAAAUCGAUACCAUUCUAUUCCGUCGUGCUUUCCGGUACUGUUGGAGCAGCCACGCUCGACAUCACAUCCU